CCGCACUUCCUAGUUUUGUGAAGUGAGAUUUUAUUGUUUUUGAUUCGGCGUGUUUUAAGGUAUCGGACCGUGAUGACACCAUCGGUCUGGACGUAUUAUCGUCAUCAUGUCCGGCGACGCGCAUCACAGCAGGAGACGACGCCCCCCGAGAAUGUACGUGGUCGAGGCCGACUAUAAAGUGCAAGACCACCUGGAAGGAACCAUUCGCCUGCAGCGGGGGCAGCUGUGCCAGGAGCAGGAGGGAGGGGGGCAAAGGAGCGCAAGAGGAGAUUACCUGUGGGUCAAAGUUAUUGACAAUGGCUCCAUGGUAAAGAUCGACACGCGCGUGCUCGGUGAGGUACGAGCUGAUUUCGCCGGUCUGCUGGAACCCGUCCGUAACCCGGAGGAGCGUCUGAGGCUUCUGGCCAAACCGCACCGCCUGCAGAGAUUGGCAUCACUAGCGCUGGGCUCCGAGGUCUGGGUUUACUGGAACCAGUCCAGAGACUUUGCAGAAGCUGACCUUCGUUUCCGCGGCCCUCUGACCAGAGGAAGCUCGGCUGUUUAUUUCGGGGUGCAGUUGAAGGGUUGGGCAGCUGGCAAGGGCAAGUCGAAUGGAAACUAUAAAGGUCAUCAGCUGUUCACCUGUCCGGAUGGCUGCGGUCUCAUUCUAUCAGCCAGUGAACUCACCGUCCCUCGAUUAUCACACACGUCUAGUUCUGGUGACCACGAUCGCCAAGCACAGCAAGCCAACCAGACUUCAUCCAGUAACGGUCAUCAGAGUCACGGCCCGAGUCCUGUCAACAUUCUGUCCCGGGCGGCAGAGUCUGGUCCUCCAGCGCUGUUCUCCGUCGGUCAGAGAGUGUGUUUCACACAGGGUGAUGCCGUCCGACGGGGAAGCGUACGCUUCUGUGGACCCUUGCCUGACCGGCUCUCUUCUGAAGUGUUUGUGGGGGUUUUACUGGAUCACGCUGUUGGAUCAUGGGAUGGAGUUUAUAAAAAUACUCAUCUCUGCUCGAUCCCGUCAGCCAUGUUCGGGGCUUUACUCCCGCUUUCCCAUGUAACUGCAGAAACUGGAUCGGAGCGAUCUCCUCCAACGGCAGCCAAUCCCAAAGCCCUAACGAAACUGCCCCAGUUGCCCCCGGCCAAUAAAACUGUCCUUCAGCCGCUGUCACCCACCCACGACAAAGAGCCCACACCCACCAACAGACCUCUGAUCCAACCAGCCAUGCUAGUCACGGCUAAAAAAGCUCUCCAGCCUCCGUCCAACUCCGUCCUCAAAGUGGCUUUGAAACCACCUCCUCUAACAGCACCCAAACCUCCCCUGAAACCUCCCGCCGUCCCGCCCAAUAAGCCGCAGGCCCCGCCCACGUCACCUCCCACCGACCCUUCACGCUCCUUCGCUAACGGAUUCCACAGUUUUCCCUCUCCACCUCCGGUCGUCGAGCAGAAGGCGGAGCCUGACACGUGGUUCGAAGUGGGUUCUAUGGUGGAGGUGAAUGACCCGCCCCUUUUUGGAGUGAUCCGCUGGAUUGGACAGAUCAGUGGGGUCCCGGAGCCCGUCGCUGGGAUUGAGCUGGAUCAGGAGAUGGCCGCCGCCACAGAUGGCAGUUAUCUCGGUGAACGUCACUUCCGUUGUCCCGCAAACAAAGGGCUUUUCGUCAAACUGCGCAACUGCAGACGCGACUCCAGAUUUCCUGCGCCGGAGACGCCCAUCAACCAGGUGGACCGCUGCAACUCGAUAGCGUUUGCUAACUGGAGCAGUCAGCGGGUGGAUGAAAACACUCCUCCUGUGAUGGGUCUGGACGCUCGGGUGCUGUACGAGGGCUUCAAGAAAGGCAUCCAGGGUCAUCUCAACUCCUGCUAUCUGGACGCUUCUCUCUUCAGUGUUUUCUCCUGCUGUAGCUCUUUGGAUUGGGUUUUGUUCUGGCCCACCGGACCUCAGAAGAAUCCUCGCAGUAGGAAUGCUCAGGAUCUUCUGCGCUGUGAGAUUGUCAAUCCUUUACGCAGGUUUGGUUAUGUGUGUGCCAGUAAAACCAUGACCCUGCGCAAACUUCUACAGGCAGAAACGGCAGAUGCUGGAUUUACCAACGAGGAGAAAGAUCCAGAGGAAUUUCUCAACCAGCUUUUCCUGCUUCUCCGGGUAGAACCGCUUCUGAAGAUCAGGUCAGUGAGUCAGCAACCACAGGAGUGUUUCAUCUAUCAACUUUUUCCGCCGUCCGUCUCGGCGACUCCAUCGUCUCCUGUGGGCUCUCCUCUGUCUCCGUCUCUUUCACCCCUCGCUCUCUCGUCUCUCAUGCGGGUGUCCAGCGUGCAGAUGUUACUGGAGUCGUCCUUCAUGCACUCCGGACUCAAACUCACAGAGGCCCCCUCCUGUCUGCCGCUCCUCAUGCCCAGAUUUGGCAAAGAGUUUAAGAUGUUUGACGUGAUUCUGCCGUCGCUGUCUCUUGACAUCACAGAUCUGCUGGACGAGACUGUGAGGCAGUGCAGUAUCUGUCAAUCACUGGCUCAGUGGGAGUGUCUACAGUGUUAUGAGGAUGAUGACAUCACACCGGGCCAGUUGAAGCAGUAUUGCAACACCUGUAACACACAGGUCCACACGCACAGGAAACGACAGGAACACGAACCCGCCGUCAUCAGAGGGCCACAGGGCUCAUGGGAGGGACCCGUGCACUGCGUCCGGCAGCUCAUGGAUCUGUUCGCCGUCACGUGUAUCGAGACCAGUCACUACGUCAGCUUCGUCAAGUACGGCCCGCAGACGACAGACUGGCUUUUCUUUGACAGCAUGGCAGACAGAGAAGGAGAAGAAAACGGUUUUAAUGUGCCACAGGUGAGAGCGUGUCCUGAGGUGGGCCGGUACUUGAGUCUGUCAGUGGAGGAGAUCGCUCGGCUGGAUGCCUCCACGCUCAGAGACCCCGUCCGCCGCUUACUGUGUGAUGCCUACAUGUGUUUUUACCACUGUGCAGAACUGAGUCUUUACAAAUGACACAAACACACAGGCUUAACACGCUCAAGAAGUUAGAUUUAACAAAUGUUGUACAUUCACAAGAGUCCCUAAUGCUUUUGCAAUGUUGUGCACUAUAUACAGUACAUGUAUAUUGUAGAAUAUGAAGAGCAGUGAUGUGUAAAUAAUUCCAAAAGAUGUUUUAAACAGAAUGCAUUAUACUGUUUGUUUACAAAUGUAAAUCUUAAGUGUAUUAAACAUUUUUUUUUGAA